AUGAAGCUCAUCGCUGUCCUCGUCAUUGCGGCGGCAGCCGUCCAAGCGGCCGGCGAAGACACGGAACCAGUCGUGCUCCCCGAAGGCAUGAUAGUCGCAGCAAACGAUGCUACCCAACUCGAAGAAAUGCUGCUGCCAGAUCCGACCGAGGCAGUACAUGACCCAACCAUCACCGAAGACCCAUUAGUGGCUUUCGAGCGGCGCAAUGUCGCCGACGACCUAAGUAACAAGCUGAAAGAUUUCGUACACCAACGGUUCGGACAUCAACACCAUGAUCCCGCAGCAACAAAGAGUGCCGGAAAGCGAGCUCUGCAAGACUACAUCCAAAAUCAGCGCAGGAAGCACUCAGAGCUGGCAAAUCCUCCGGAGCCCACGGAUGAAUCGCACCUCGACAAACGCGAUCUCGAGCGACGGGAGCUCGAUCGGCAGAUCGAUGAAUUCAUGCAGAAGCGCUGGGGUAUGGAGCCGGACAUGCUCGACCACCUUGAGGCGAACGUCUUGAAGAUGGAUGAGCAAGAUGCUCCCAAAGCGCCGGAGGCAGGCAAUCUGGUCCGCCGCGUUGAGGACUUCCUGCUUCGUCGAUUGGGCAUGUCUCACGACGAGAAAGCCACCGAGGCCAACUCCGAGGCUGAGAACAUCGUCACUGAGAGCGUCGAGGCCAGUAAAGAUCCCAGGCCCGAACAGGAUGCGGACUUAGCUCCCGGGUCCGAAGAGCACUCCAAGCUCUUCCGUCGAUGGGACCUGCCGCCGGUGUGCAAGAACAAGGCGAGGAUUCAAUUGUCGUGUCCAAAGGGAUACCCCUACCCCUCCACUUUGUGCUCGGGCAAGCAAAUGACUGCAGAGCGCUGCGUUGCGCGCUGCGACAAUGAUUUAUCGGUGAAAUAUGGGCUAGCGAGUGGAGGAAUCUUGUGCGCCGGCUUUUUCGGUGACAAGGGCGAAUUUGAGCAGGGCUGCAACACUAUCGACAUCGAAAGCGCUUGUUAUGCUUGCAAGUGGAAAUGUCCGGAACAGGCUUCGCUACCUGGGUAUGUUAAUACGCCAGGGAACUUCUCUUCUGAGGCAGUGAAGUGA